AUGUUGCAGAGGGAAACGUGGGAUGGCAAAAUUCAGGUGCAGACGAUACCCUUCGAAGAUCUCAUGGAGGGGCUACAGCGACGUGGCUGGGAGCAUGCGGCACGCAGCGCAGAGGUUUGGGAGCACUUCUUGGACGAGUAUCGAUUCCACCGCAUGGAACGAGAGGGUCUUCUCCACGAGAUCGAGGAGUGUCGCAAGCAGCUCAAGGAGUCCGAGCGAAGGGAUCAAGAGUUGAAAGCGAAAGAAAGAAAGCUGGAAAAAGAAGAUCAGAAAUUGCGAGAGGAGUGGAAAAGAUGGAUGGAUGAGAAAAAGAGUACCCGAAGACAAAUGGACGACAUGUCCCGCGAACUCCGAGAGCUUCAGGAUGAGAACACCGAAUUGAAGGUGAAGCUGCGCCGCGCCGGCAUUGAAGAAGAUUCUCCACCCAUCUCCCCCAUAAUGCCCACGGCAUCUCCGCUGGUGACCCUGCCACAGCGGCCACCGGACAGUGAUCUUGGGAGGCGACCUCACCAAGACCUUGGGGACUGGUGCGACAGCUUCCACAGCUCGUUGAACUCAUAUGCGCCCGAGUUUGUGCCGCAUAUGUUCCAAAGCCAAUGA